AGCCCAGACACCCAACAGUCGACAAAAAUCUGCCACGAUUCGGCACCUCUCUCCUCUUGUUGGUUCCUCCUACAUUCAUACCCGAAAAAAGGACAAGGAAAAACUACUAAUCGCAAGAACACUAACAAUCUUCAUAUUUAUUUUGGUAAUAAUUGUUUCAUAAACAUAAUCUUCUCGGCCUCUUCUUGCUCCCCACUUUCUGCUCACAAAAGAAACAAAGAGUGAAAGGAUCAAAAGAAAAAAACUAUGACGACAGUUAUCACCGGUAAUUUCAGACUCGCUUUCUUCCCGAGUCAACUCAAUGGAAACUCGGUGCGUUUCUUAUUCAGGCCCUUCACUACUCCCGUCUUCAAAAGAAGUUUAACCACCAGAGUUCGCGCUUUUUCUACAGCCUUUGUUGAAACCAAGCCUACGGAGCCCCUUGUGGAGGAGAAAGAGGACACUGGCGGCGGCAACAACGGUUUAGCUUGUCCCAUUUGUUAUGACCCAUUAAUCAGGAUCGGUGAAUCCACUUCAUACGUAGGGUCAACGGCUGGGUCUAAUUUGCAAUGUAACACUUGCAAAAAGACGUACUGUGGAAAUGAAACGCAUCUUGACCUCGUUGCCUCUAGUGGUUCCAAGCAGUAUGAUGAAUCCAUGCCGCUAGCAGCUGAAAUGUUCAGGACUCCAGUGGUAUCAUUUCUCUAUGAGAGAGGUUGGCGUCAAAAUUUUAUAUUUGGUGGCUUUCCAGGUCCAGAGAAAGAGUUUGAUAUGGCUAAGAAUUACCUAAAGCCAGUGCUAGGUGGAAACAUUAUUGAUGCUAGUUGUGGUAGUGGAUUGUUUACCAGACUUUUUGCCAAGAGUGGAUUAUUUUCACUGGUUUUUGCACUGGACUACUCAGAAAACAUGCUGCGACAAUGCUAUGAAUUUAUCGAGAAGGAGGAAAACUUCCCCAAAGAGAAAGUGACCUUGGUCAGAGCUGAUAUCUCGAGACUUCCUUUCAAGUCAAGUUCAGUCGAUGCUGUGCAUGCUGGUGCAGCUUUGCACUGUUGGCCUUCACCAUCAACAGCUGUGGCUGAAAUAAGUCGAGUUCUUCGACCUGGAGGUGUUUUUGUUGCUACUACCUACAUACUUGAUGGGCCUUUUGGAUUUGUGCCAUUUUUGAGGACUUUCCGCCAGAAUAUAAUGGGGAUAGCAGGCAGUCAUAUCUUCCUUUCUGAACGUGAACUCGAAGAUCUUUGCCGAACUUGUGGGCUAGUUGGUUUUACAUGUGUAAGGAAUGGACUCUUUGUGAUGAUCUCAACUAGAAAACCCAGCUAAGCAUCCACUUCAAAUUACAGUUGCUGGUUGUCCUGUUGUCUCAAUAAUUUUUAUAAAGCCAAUUUGUAUAGCCUAUAGAGUGUCUCUUGUCGAAGUUUAUGUUUUUUAUGUUUCAGUUCUUUUGUUCACAUAGAUGAUUUUUUGUUUGUAUGGGGCUUGUAUCUUUCACAAUUUGCAAUAAAAAUGGAAAGCAAAAGUUAAUAGCAUAACUUUGGUUGGUGCA